AUGUACCAGGUCGGUCAGGGAAACAAAAUCCCCAGGGCAUUGAAAGAAGAGAAAUAUGCUGCUCGUCAAGCAAUACUUCCCAUUCUUCAAGCAGAAGAAGAUGAAAGAGAAAGAAAAGCAGAUUCCUUAGAAGAUGCAUAUUUUGGAGUUCAUCAAGAACAGUUCUAUGCUCGUAAGCUGAAGCCUGUUGGAGGACCAUAUGAAACCAUCAUAUCCUUAUAUCUACAACAAGUUGUUGCUUAA